AUGAUGAUGAUGUCAACAACAACAACACACGCAGCGACGAGGACAACGGGAACCUUUAAAACCUUACGCGAGAGAAGCUGCUCCAGAGUGCACGCGACAACGACAACGACAUCAUCGUCUCACAAUCAAACCUCGUCAAGAACGAAGAAUUCCUCCUCCGACGAGGAUGAUGAUGAAAAGAUGAUAAAGAAAAAACAACAUUUCGUGGAACAACUCGGUCGAGGAGUCUCCGCGUUCGCGUUGGCGUCCGCGAUGAGUUUAUCACCAAUUUCGAUGGUUGAUUCCGCGAACGCGUCUGAGAUUGAGAUUUUACAAACGCCCGCACCGACGAGCGGGUAUAUCGUCGACGACGCGGGAAUCAUGUCUCGAGCAUCCGCAGGGUCGAUCAACAAAACUCUGAAAGAACUGGAAGAUCAAACCGGCUAUCACUUGAACGUGAUUACGGUUCGAAAAUUGGUAUUCGAACAAGACCCGUACGCGUUUGGGGAUAAGGUUUUGGAAACCUGGUACCCGACGUUAGAGGAAGGGAACAAUAAAGGGAACUUUUUGUUGGUGAAGACGGCGAAGGAGGCGGCGGUGGUUGGCGGACCGAAAUUUUUGAAGGCGGUCGGCGACGACGUUUUGGAGUCGGUGUUGAGCAAGAACGUGCCGAUUAACCUCGAGUACGAGAAAUUUAACGAAGCGUUGACGUCGAGUGUGGAUAGAAUUGCGGCGGUGUUGGAGGGGAAACCGGAUCCGGGGCCUCCGGCGAAGUUUGAGAAGGACAACAGCAGAACGUUCAAAACGAAGGAAGAAACCGGCGCGAAGAGAGAGGUUUUCUCGAACGUCGUCGUCGGUUUGUUGGUGAUUUCGUUCGUGGUGCCGAUGUUACAGUACUUUGGUUACGUAACCGGGGAUCCGGAUUUCGAUGAUUAA